AUGUUGCACUACGGAUUGGUCUUUCUCGCACUUCUCUCAGUCAGCUUGGCCCAGCCUGCAAUCCCCGUGGAACCCAUGAUCCUUGCAAAGUCAUGCCCAUAUCCAAACGGAACCGCCACAGCGACGCAUACGUUCAACUGCGAUGCAUCUCACAAGAUCAUAGUCAAAUCUAUUAAAACGUUGAACUCAAAUGGCCAACCGAUGUAUCCGAUCGAUAUGAAAAAACCAAUCGUCCUUGCGCUCGAAGCUCAAAACGAAGGAGACGUGGUACGAGAUUAUGUUCAUAUUCUUUGA